CUAUUUUCAUAAUUUGGUGUCAAGACACCAUAAAGCGAAUUUAUUUACCCUAGAAAAAACAUUAAAAAAUCUGGUUCAGCGCAUGCGCACUGCCGCUAAGAAGCACAUAUCGGCGGGUAGCGUAAAGCGACGGAACACCGGGCCACAUCCGCGCUGCUGUCAAGGCAGCGGGGGGAGGUAAAUAUCGGGCGGACCAGCUUCCUGUUGUGGUGUCUGGUCUCGUGCGCUGCUGUGAGGAGGAGGAGGAGGAGGAGGAUGAUGAAGGUGAGAAUGAUGAUGAAGAUGAUGAUGAUGGUAAUGAUGAAGAUGAUGACAGCGCGCUCCUAGCCCCGCUGCUGCUCCUGGUGCUGUGGGUCGGGUGGUUGAGAUGGCGGGCGGACUGACGGUGCUGAUGUCGGUGCGGGUGCGGGCGGUGCUGAGCUCCGGAGCGGCUGCGGGAUCCGAGAGCCUCCGCCUGCAGCUCAGCAUGAACCCGGAGCGGCCCGGAGACUUCCACCUGUCCCUCAGAGACACCCCCAGCUCCGGACACAUCCGGUCUCUAGCGGAGUUUGAGCUGUGCACAGUGCGGUAUGAGAUCAAGUCGCCUCGCUGUCACGAGCUGUGUGUCAUCAAACCUCCUCACGAAACCUACAGCUUCACCUUCCGCAGUGAGCAGGAGGCUCAGGAGUGGGCCACCGUCAUGCUGUCAUCACUGAGGGAAGCUCACCGAGUCGCCAACGUUUCCUCUCAUCCCACUGAUGAUGAAGUGCACUAUCUGAAGCCUGUGGAGAAAAAUACAGUCUUGUCAUUGUCGGAUAAAGAGGAGCUGUGUGCUGAGCUGGCUAGAGCUAUAGAAGCUGGAGACACCCAGGCCGCAGUGCAGCACGCUACAGCGCUCGCACACCACCAGAUGACCCUGACUAUUCAGCCCGCUGUGAAUAACUUUGAAGACGGGGAGAUCAGUCUGGCAGUUGCGGUUGAAGAUGCGACGUCGUCUUGUUGUGUCACAGUGAAAGUCGUUCCCCACAUGACUGUAGCUUCUCUCAAACAGCAGAUGUUUGCAGAAUACGGCUUCCACCCCCGGGUGCAGCGCUGGGUCAUAGGGCAGUGUUUGUGCUCUGAUCAGCGCUCGCUGGCGUCGUACGGCGUGUGCCGGGAUGGUGACACGGCCUUCCUCUACCUCCUCUCAGCACGACACGCCCGCCUCAGCCGACAGCAGUGCCAGCAGGACCAGGAGAGCGCCCUCCUCACGCCCGCCCCCAAACCAGCGCCAAACCCAACCCCCACUGCAGCGGCGGGCAGCGGCCCCGCCAGCCAUGACUGGAGGGGCUACAGCACGCUGCCACCCAGGCUGCACCACUCCAGUACAGGCAGCAGUAGCAGUGCAGCAGAGAAACACAGCAUCAGUGACCUCAUGAACCUGGAGAUGCUGCAGCUGAGAGGCCCCAGCAAUACACAGCCGGGUUGGUCGUGCCCUUCCUGCACGUUCAUAAACAAGUCGACGAGGCCGGGCUGUGAGAUCUGCAGUACGGAGAGACCUGCGGCCCCGGAGCUCAGCAGCUCUCAGCAGGCCUCGCUGCAUCUAUAGAGGCUGAUGAUCCGCACUGUGAGCAGACGUGAGUACUGUACCAUUACUGAGCUGAACUGAGGCACGGAAACACAGAGGAGAAUAUGAACAGAUAUAUAAAUAUAUAUAUAAUUAUAUAAAACUCAACAAAACACAACAUACUGCAGCAGAUCAAACACAGCCAGCCAACUGACCACAACUCCCAGCACUGAACCCGGGCAGAGCCAGCCUGCCCCCGGACUUUUCUACUGACUGGAUCUCAAGAUGUUCUGAUGCAUGCAGCGUGCCAUGUUCUCUCCCUCUCCAACCACUAUUCCUCAAAGACGUUUUCUGCCACACAGCAGAUGGGACAGUAAAUAUAUAUACUAGUGCAUCUCAAAAAAUGUGAAUAUCAUUGAAAAGUUACUUAAUUUCAGUAAUUCAGUUCAAUAUUCAAAAUGUGAAACUCAUAUAUUAUAUAGAUGUAUAACACACAAAGUGAUCUAAUUUAAGCGUUUAUUUAUUUAAUAUUUUUUUCUAAUUUUCAGUGUCUCUGAAAAUUAGAAUAUUAUAUAAGACCAAUUGGUACUUUUGGCAGUGUGGGCUGUGUGCCAAAUCCUGCUGGAAAAUGAAAUCCGCAGGAAUUUCAAUUUCCAGGAAAACCCUGCACUGACUUGGGACCAACACCAGAAGAUUGAGACAUGUCUCUCUAAACCAUCACUGAUUGGUGGAAACUUCGCACUAGACCUCGAGCAGCUUGGACUGUGUGUCUCUCCACUCUUCCUCCAGACUCUGCUCCCUUGAUUUUUAUUAAUGAAAUGUAAAAUUUACUGAUGAUCAGUGAUGGUUUAAUGGAGAGUCAUGUCAUCUGCUGGUGUUGAUCCACUGUGUUUUAUUAUCAAGUCUAAAGUCAGUGCAGUUUUGUUUUCCCACAAAAUCUUACACAAGCUCUUCAUGCUUCGGCUUUCAUUUUUCAGCAGGACUUGGCACACUGCCCACACUGCCAAAUUGUACCAAUUUGGCAAUUGUACCAACAAUAAAAUAAUAAAUAAAUGCUUAAAAUAGAUCACUCUGUGUAAUACAUCUAUAUAAUAUGAGUUUCACUUUUUGAACGGAAUUAUUGAAAUUAAGUACCUUCUCAAUGAUAUUCUAAUUUUCUUAAGAUGCACUGGUACAUACGGAACGUGAGGAUGGACAUAUUGUGCUGACCGUUCGUUGGUGGCAUCAGGGUGCAAAGUUCCUACAAGCAACUCAGCAGAUUUAACCUCUUUUAAUCAACAGCUAUACAGGAAGAUUUCCCUUAUUUCAACUGUAAAUACACUCAUCGCAGGUCUGCAAGGAUCUUCUUCACGUGCAGACUGACACUCAGAUGCUUAUUACUGUCGUUAUUACUGUCUCAUUUUAUGAAAUGCACUGAGAUUUUCGUAGGAUUUUUCUUUACUCAUCUAGAAUUGCUGAUGCAUUUUUUUUCUCGUUACUAAUGCAUGCGAGAGCUUUCCGAAUAAAAAUACAAAAAAAACAUGCAUCUGUUAAAAAGCUAAGAAACAAUAGCAGCAUUGUUCAUGACAUGAUUCUCCAAUACAAAAUCCUACUAAAAUCUUAGCAAUUCUACAACCCGACAUACAGCACCAGUCAAACGUUUGGACACGUCUUCUCAUUCAAUGUGUUGUUUUUCUUUUUUUAUUUAUUUAAAAUAUUUUCUACAUAGUGGAUUCAUAUUGAAGACAUGAAAACAGUUAAGGGACACAUAUAUCAUUGAUUUAGUAAUUUAAGAUUUGCGGUGAUUUUGGGAUGAGCUGGAGCUUCACAGCAAAGUGAAGGAAAAGCAGCAACUAUUGUUCAGCACCUCCAGGAUCUCCUUCCUUCAAGACGCUGAGAAAACUAUUCCAGGUGACUCUCCCUCUUGAAGAUACUGAGAUUAAAAUCUCACCAAGAGUGUGCAGAUCUGUCCUCAAAGAUAAAUGUGCUAUUUUUAGAAGAAUCUAAAGGAUAAAACUUAAAAUAUUCUGGUUUGUUUAAAAAAAAAAAGAUUUACAGAAUAAUUUAGCAUGUUUUCCUGUAUAGCUUUGAUCAUUAUAGUCUUUAAUAUUAAAUUUACAAAAAAAAAAAAAUCAUUAAAAGUAAAAAAACACAUUAAAUGAGUCGGGUGUGUCCAAACUUUUGACUGGCAGUAUAUGUAGCAUUUAAUGUUGGAAUAAUUUUCCAAUCAUUUCUAGUAAUAACACAGAAUGUAUUGACAUGUAUUGAUGACCUUCAAAUGUAGUGUCUUGAGUCCCGUGACUUUUGCCAUGUCCCAAAGAAGUGAAAAGAAUGUUGCGGGAUACACAUGUGGAGUCGCUUGUCUGAUCACGUGGACAGUUCUAGCCAGACACCGCCGGUCGCCAUCAUUACCACCCACUGUACAGCUCUGUCCACUGUGGGUGGUAAUGUUAGUGUAAUCUAAUGUGAUGGGUACAGUAUUCCUGGUGCACAUGAGACACUGUGGAUCGAGGAAAAGGCCUGCCUCACUCACAAGAUAACACCUCACAACCUAUACAGGUGUGGGUGAGCUCUCCCAAGCCAUCCCCUGAGGUAACACUUUGUUUUAAUCGUUAUAACAGACUGCUAUCUCUUGACUUUUGGCAUUUCUAAUAAUAUAUCUAUAAUUGAAUACAUGGUCUUGAUCAUUAAUGUAAAACAUUAUUCCCAAUCAUUUAAUAAAGUAAUUGGUAAUACCAUAUUAAAUUAUUAUAUGAUUUUAACAUGAUUGGAAUAUUAUUACCAUAUUAAGAGCUACAAAUUAAUCCAAUAAUUUCAUUCUCUUUAGUGUUUUAGAUGUGUUUUUUUUCCCUUAUUUUAAUUUAAUGUUUAAUUAUAAGUCAGGGCUGGGUAUCGAUUACAGAUGUUUACUAUCAGUACUCAGUACUAUGUAUUUUGUUGCCUUCUUUGAAUAGAUGUUUAUUACAUAUAACAGUUGUGUUGAGUUAAGAAUAAGUGGUUUGUGUUUAAGCCCCGCCCACUUAAUAGCAGCAUUGUACUCGGCCAUUAGAUCUAACUGUUAUGAUUGUGUAAAAGUAAAAAAAUAUAUAUUUUUACUCAGAUUAAAAAAAAAUAUCAUGGUGUAUUUUUAGACAAAUUAUUUAAAAAUUUUAAUUAAAAUAACCACAAUAUAUGAUCUUGCUUACAGUAUCUCAAUUAGUUCUGUAACUAAUGAUUAUUUUGAUGAAUAAUUCAUCUGUCCGUUUUGUUUUCGGCUAAUUAGUUGAUUAUUCGGAUAAAAAAAGGGAAAAAGCAUUUCAUCUGAUUUCCAGCAUUUAAUUUAAUAAACCAAUCUGUCUUUUGUCACUGUCCAAUGAAAAAUGAGUAUCUCCAAAACAGCAACUUUACAGGAGAGAGAAAAGAACCUUCUAAACUUUCAAUGGGAGUCAAUAUAAAAAGAGUUUAUUUCAGGUCAUUUAAAAGUAUUUCUAUUGGUCCAUUCAUCAAGCAAAUGUUGGAACAGUGUAAGAGACAGUUUGUCUGUUCAAAUUAUGUAAUAAACUAAAAAUCGACAAAAAUGGAGAUAGUUGUUUUUCAUUGGACAGAGAAGCUUUGUACUAAUGUUGUAAUCAUUAUGAGGAACACACAACUUAGAAUUAAUUUAAAUAUUUAAUAUGAAGAAUUAAUUUGACAGUUACAUCAGGUCAGUGUAACGUUUAGCAGUUUAAUUUUCUGACUGUAUCAAGUUAAAUUCAUUAAUAAAAUAAUAAAAUUAAUAAAAUUGGAUAUAAAACCUAAAACAUUUUUCAAUUCAGUACAGUGAAGAAAAAAAAUUUGAACAUCUAGUUUUUCAUUUCAGCCCUUCACAAACAGAA